AUGCUCGAUUUGCUCGUGGCUUACAUCCUAACUGUGAUCGGCUUGACUGCUGGGCAGAUAAAUACUUGGACAACGUCAUCGCUGCAGUGCCGAUAUGGUGCCUGCCUACCACCAUUUGUUUGCAUUAGUGCCUGGACGCUGCCUUUGAAAGGAUAUCGAACAUCUGGUCCAUGGUCCAUUUCCAUCUCAAAGUCGGGAGGAUGCGGAAGUCGUCUCAAAGCGCUUUUUGCGCACAUUUGAAGAAGUUGAGAAGCUUAAGCUUACACGUUUUGUGAGUCAAAAUAAUUUGGAGCCUCGGCUGAGGGCAGGACUAUCAGCUAGUAUGAAAUGAAACUCAAAAUUCUAUGGCACUAUUGUAAGUUGAGCAAACUAUGUGCUGACUGAAUGUCUUCAUGAGAACUUAUGGUUUUUGAGAAAACCAGGGCAGCAAAAUAAAAUGGAU